CCCCCCCCCCAUCUAAAAGCAGGCAUCUUAGUCUCUCAUCCUGUAUUAACGGGGUUUUCUAGUAUCUGUCUCUUUCUGGGGAAAGUUGCAUCUUUCCCUCCUGGGAAACUCUCAUUGCCCCCUUUUUAUUCUAUGGCCCCAUAAGCCUACCUCGAGGCAUUAUUAUAACUGCAUGUGACCCCCACCCCUGUUUUAAGGGGGCUCUGGAUGACAGUCUGCUUUUUUCCUUUUCUCCUUCCCAGCAAGUACUGGGAUUUUAUGUUCUUCCCCAACCUUAGAUCAGCUCCCCCUCCCGUGCCUCUCUUAAAAACAAGGCAGGCUUUCUCAUGCCCACCUCCUGCUGAAGGUGCUCAGUCCCCCUCCAAUGCCAGCAAGCCUUUGGCUUGAAAUUUCCUCGAACCCUUCCCUUUAAUAAUGCUUGUUUAUUAAAGGGACACUUUUUGCCCACUGCCUCUUGCUCUUUCUGCAGCUUUCUUUUCCAAAGAGGCUUAAUCCCCCUUCUUCUUCCCCCCAUGCCAGAAAACACUGACUGCUUAUGGGAAGCUGGCCAGUUUCCCCCAGCCACCUGCCGGAUUUCAGCAUCAUGCCAGCAGGUGCCCCAUUUCUUUGGGGGUGGCCAGGACACAGGCAGAGCCAGCCCCCCUCUCUGUGCCUCCCCUCCCCCAGCCUGCUGAUGUGAGCUUCGAUUUGUCCUCCCCUUUAUCCUUGUCCUCCCUGCAUUUCCCCCUCUGCCCCCCAUAACACCUUGAGCUUCAUGCCCCCUGAAGAACAUGGAGGUGGUGGGCGAUUUUGAAUACAGCAAGAAGGACCUGAUAGGACAUGGAGCUUUCGCUGUGGUCUUUAAGGGUCGUCACCGCAAGAAAACUGACUGGGAAGUGGCUAUAAAGAGCAUUAACAAAAAGAAUUUGUCGAAGUCACAGCUCCUGCUUGGGAAGGAGAUAAAAAUUUUGAAGGAAUUGCAGCAUGAAAACAUUGUUGCCCUGUAUGAUGUCCAGGAAAUGCCCAACUCUGUCUUUCUAGUGAUGGAGUAUUGCAAUGGUGGAGACCUAGCAGAUUACUUGCAAGCAAAAGGAACGCUCAGCGAGGAUACCAUCCGCGUGUUCCUGCAGCAGAUUGCGGCUGCCAUGCGUGUCCUCCAUGGCAAAGGCAUCAUUCACAGGGACCUGAAGCCGCAGAACAUCCUGCUGUCAUAUGCCAGUCGCAGGAAGUCGAGCGUCAGUGGCAUACGCGUCAAGAUAGCUGACUUUGGAUUUGCCCGUUAUCUCCAGAGCAACAUGAUGGCGGCCACCCUCUGCGGCUCCCCAAUGUAUAUGGCACCUGAAGUGAUCAUGUCACAGCACUACGAUGCUAAAGCUGACCUGUGGAGUAUCGGGACGGUCAUCUACCAGUGUCUGGUUGGAAAGCCGCCCUUUCAGGCAAAUAGUCCUCAGGAUCUGAGAAUGUUUUAUGAGAAGACCAGAAACCUCAUCCCUAGUAUCCCCAGGGAAACGUCAGCUUACUUGUCCGAUUUGCUUCUGAGCUUGCUUCAGAGAAACCAGAAAGACAGAAUGGACUUUGAAGCCUUCUUCGGCCACCCUUUCCUCGAUCAAGUUUCGACAGUCAAAAAGUCUUGUCCUGUGCCUGUUCCAGCACCUACUGGGUCAGUCUCUGGUGGAUCCUGCGGUAGCUCUCCCUCUUGCCGGUUUGCUUCUCCCCCAUCCCUUCCAGAUAUGCAGCACAUCCAGGAAGACAACCUCUCUUCUCCUCCCUUGGGGCCUCCGAAUUACCUUCAGGUGUCCAAAGACUCUGCCAGUACCAGUAGCAAGAAUUCCUCCUGUGACACAGAUGACUUUGUCCUGGUUCCACACAACAUCUCUUCGGACCAGUCGUAUGAUCUGCCCCUGGCAGCUGCGGGCCGGAGGGCUUCAAGCGAAUUCCUGAUGUGUGGAGGACAGAGUCCGUUAACCGUUUCGGGAAGCGCUGGCAAUUUUCAGAAGCCUUCCUCAAACAACUCCGGUAGUAGUCCUUCUGGUUCAGCAAACAGGCAGUGCCAGCCUUCGGUCUCCCCGCGGAGUGAAACAAUGCCCAUUCCAGUCCCCACUCAGUUACGGAACUACCAGCUCAUUGAGCAGAACCUGACUUCAGCCACCAGCCCAGGGUCAAACCCCCAUGGGUCACCAAGAUCUGCGGUGGUGAGGCGGUCCAAUACCAGCCCCUUGGGCUUCCUGAAGACAGGCUCCUGCUCUCCAGUGCCAGCUGACACCGCCCAGACUAUUGGCCGGAGGCUGUCCACAGGCUCUUCGAGGCCCUACUCCCCUUCGCCACUAGUUGGUGCGAUACCUGAGCAACUUGGGCACUGCUGUUGCGGGCAGCUGCAAGGGCACGAAUCACGGGGCCGAAGCUCCUCAGGCUCCUCAGCAACACAGUCCCAGUCUCCACAGUCCCUCCUGUUGGCAGGAGCUCGACUGCAAAACACACCAACCCUGACGGACAUUUACCAGAACAAGCAGAAGCUUCGGAAGCAGCAUUCAGACCCCAUCUGCCCAUCGUACACGGGCUACAGCUAUGGCCAUUCGCCCCAGCCCAGCCGGCCAGGCAGCCUGGGGACAUCGCCCACCAAACACAUGGGGUCAUCUCCACGGAGCUCGGACUGGCCCUUCAAAACUCCCCUGCCAACCAUCAUUGGCUCUCCCACCAAGGCGACCGCUCCUUUCAAAAUCCCCAAGACCCAAGCGUCUUCUAACUUAGUGGGCCUAGUCAGUCGGCAGGGGCCCUCUGAGCUCUUGCUUCCACAGCCGAAGGAUAUGGGGGAGACCAGAGAGUUCACACCCUUCCACUCCACACAAGGCGGCGAAAAGCAGGCAAGAGAUCAACAUGGCAAGACAGCAUUUGGCAGGUCUGUAAGUACUAGCAAGCUGUCAGAUCAACCAGCAAAGGCUGCCCUUAGCAGCCAACUCUACCAGGGCAGCACUGACAGCCUUAAUACUGAGCGGCCAAUGGAUACAGCUCCCCCAGGGGCCUGUGGCAUCACAGGAGGACCUCCGUCCAUGCCAGUUGGAGCCAGUUCCCGGGCAGUGAUGUUCACUGUAGGAUCCCCUCCAAAUAGUGCCACACCUCCGACUUGCACCCAUAUGGUUCUCAGAGCUCGGACAAUGUCAGUUGGCUCUAACAGUUCUGGAGGCUCCCUCUGCUCUACCAGUGGCCGUGUCCUGAUGGGCUCUCCCCCUGGGAUUUACAUGGGCUCCUCUCCCCCUGGAGCUGAGGCAGCUCCUUGCUUGAAGUACAUGCCUUACGGUGCGUCACCUCCCAGCUUUGAAGCUCCAGAAUUGCCUGAGGAAACUUUGAUGGAGAGAGAGCAUACAGACACCCUGCGCCACUUGAAUUUGAUGCUGGCGUUCACGGAAUGUGUGCUGGACCUGACUGCUGUUCGGAGCGGGAACCCAGAACUCUGCAGCAGCUCUGCCGUGUCUCUCUAUCAGAUCCAGGAGAGUGUCGUCGUGGAUCAGAUCAGCCAGCUGAGCAAAGACUGGGGGCAAGUGGAGCAGCUGGUCUUGUAUAUGAAAGCAGCCCAGAUCCUGGCCUCUUCCUUACACCUGGCCAAAGCGCAGAUCAAAUCAGCCAAGUUGAAUCUCUCAACUGCUGUGAAGCAAGUUGUCAAAAACCUGAACGAGAGGUAUAAAUUCUGCAUUGCUAUGUGCAAGAAGCUGACAGAAAAACUGAACCAGUUUUUCUCCGACAAGCAGCGUUUUGUCGAUGAAAUCAACAGCGUCACAGCCGAAAAACUCAUCUACACCUGUGCUGUGGAAAUGGUCCAAGCAGCAGCUUUGGAUGAGAUGUUUCAACAGACUGAAGACAUUGCCUUCCGGUACCACAAAGCUGCGUUGCUGUUGGAAGGCCUGGCAAAGAUUUUACAGGACCCAGCUGACAUUGAAAACAUAAACCGUUAUAAAGCUAGUAUUGAGCGGAGACUCUCAGCUCUUUGUUGCAGCGCAGUAGCUGUUUAUGAAUAGAAGACCCCCUGCCCUGCUCCCCGGGACCACUCAGUACGGCCAAUCUUCAUGCUUCCUGUCCCAAAAGAAAGGCGGCUUGUACAUUUCUGGGGUUGCCUGCCGGAGGGGGGGAAAAACAGUUCGUGGAACAGAAGAAAAUGCAAACCAUUUUGAAGGAGAUUUGCCCUAUGACAGCGCCCCGUCCAUCUUUCGCUUCACGGCCAGAUGGGAAAGACUCUUUUUGCCACGUCCACCUCAGUCCUGAUCUCGCAGGCAGCGGUUCAGCUUCCUUUUAGGUUACGAGAGAAUGGAGCGUUCUUCUCCAGCAAGAUCCAAAAGAGGUUGGCUCCUGCUUUGGGAAGGGGUGGGUGGCUUCUUUGGGGGACAAGACCGCUGAGUGAAGGCGGGAGGUCGUUCGGCCUGGACUUCAGUUCUGUGAAGCUUCGAAGCCGAGCAUGGGUUGUGUAUGCCCCACCUCAAGCCAUCAGGGAACUGGGCACCUUUUGCAAAAACAACUGAGAAGGGGGGGGGGUUGUUUUUUAGUUGAGAAUGGGGCAUCACUUGAGAAUCCCUGAAACAAACAUUUAGCAAUUACCGUAGAUGUGCGAGCUUGAUGUUCUUCCCAAACCCUUCCCCCUGAACACUUUAUAUUGCACUAAUUUACUAAACUGUGUAUUUGUUUUUUUUUUUAAUACUGUUAAUUAAAGAAAAACAAACACAGAAAAGGCACAACUAUGAACUUUUGCUGGUGGGGCAGGGGGGAUAUUUCAUGAUAUACUUUGCGGGGUGGGGGAGAGAAAGAUCGUCAUCCCCCCAAAAACCCAGACUUUUCCAGAAUUUCAACCCACAGCUCCUUAGGAGACUUUUCGGGCAAAGUUGCAUAGAUGUGUCGUAGGGUGAAUUCUUCCAUUUUAUACCCCUUCGUCUAAUAUUUGAGUAACUCUCUGGACUCCUGAUAACGUUCUGACGCCUGUUUCCUGCCCCUGUCCCGUAUCAAAGGUUGGUUGCUUAGUUCCCCUGUUGCGUGUGAAGCUGUGCGAUGGCUUCCUCUUCCCCCUGCCCAUCAGAUCUGAAACCCGGGUCGAAGACGACAUGGCGGCGACCUUGAUGGAAGAGGGUGCCGUGGCAGAGCAACGCAUUAAGAAAUAAUUAAGAUCGGGGUCGUUUGGAGCAGCUUUUGAGGAAAUACGUCCUGCUGCCCCUCACCGCCUCUCCCUCCGCGGUCCUGGCUCCGUGCUUUGGCAACUUGCAGAAUAUCUGAACAACUUGGUUUCUUCGAGGUUGGCCCCCUUAAUUUUGAGAGGAUUUCUGAGCUGUCAUCACUUGAAAGAAGAAGAAGAAAAAAGCUUCUUUGUAAUGGAACCAUUUCAAUCCUUUUCUUUUUUACACCUCCUAUGAUGGAAGGUGGUUGGCAUUCAGGUACCAUCCAUUCUGACGGAGUGAAGGAAAUCCUGCGUGUGUGGGUUUCUCUCCUUUCCCCUUCCCUUCUUCUUUUUCCCCUUUGACAGAGUAAUGUACUUUUUACUUUAUUUAUCAGUACAAGAGAUUUCGGAAGUUAAUUUGAAAGUGUUUUUUAUUUAUACGACGUUUGUAUUUUUAGACCUUUAAUACGGUGUUUCUACUACCUCUCCUUUGUAACUGCAUGCGUUUAUUCUUGACCCGUAGUGUAAUAACUGAAGAGAAAAAUCCCGUUGAUAACUUUUAUUAUGGCCUGUAUAAAUGUAUAUUAAAGUUAAAAACAAGCGAAACAAUAAUAAACUGAUACUCAAAUGUUCCUAUAUAUAAUACAGGGUUUGACC